AUGUCGUCCAAGUACAAGGACAAGGACGGCGGCGUCGUCCUCAGCUUUGGGGGGCAGUGGGUGAGCUGGGCGCACACAAUUGUUGCAUACACCGCUUUCCUGAGCGCACUGAUCGUCGGAGUCUCCCUUCACUACCACAAGAUCGUCGAGAAUGAGUUCUACGGAUAUCCCCAAGAAUGGUUCCCGUCCGUGUCGGCAACAAUUGGCGAUCGAUACCCCGAGCGAUCGUUUUUCAUGAUCUUCAUUGCUAUUACAUCCGGACCUCGUUUUGCGCUGGUUGGACUCUUCUACCUUUUGAGUCGGAAGCCUGGUACCAAACUGCCUGGAUUUAUUGCCUCCAUGGGCGUCCUGCGAACUCUUACAUGCGGUGGAUGGACUUAUAUCACGUCGACCGACGAUCACGACUGGCAUGAUAUUCUCAUGAUUUCAUAUAUUGUUGCCACUUUGCCGUGGACCUUGGGAUGCAUUGCUCUUAGCCCACCGAAUCCUCAGGCUAUCAAGUACCGAAAGUAUCUUGCCAGUGCUUUCUUCGGUACCCUCGUGCCUCUUAUUUAUUUCUUUAUUCAGCACAAGGUGCACCGUGUUGCUGGAGCGUACACCAUUUACGCGUUCUUUGAGUGGGCGUUGAUCCUCUUUGAUGUUGGGUUCGAUGCCGUUACGGCCCUGGAUUAUAACACAUUUGAAGUCGUCAUCAGGGAUGUCAAGGGUUUGAGCAAGGGUGAUAACCGCUCGUCCGUGCCAUCUGCCGUUAUGGAGAAGGAAAAGGAAAAGGCCACUGGUGGACUCUACUCGUUGCGCUUCACCUGGUCUGAGGCUCUGGAUACCGCUGCUGAUGUUUACCAUGGGUUCGUGUUUUGGUCCAUGUUGACCAGCUUGGGCCUUGUCGUCUGGUAUUUCCCUCUUUGGCACAUGGGUAUAUCUGGAUAUGAAGCUUUCGUUUUAGUGUCGGUCUCGCCUCUUCUCCUGGCUGGACCUCUUCGAUCCGUCAUCAUCAGCAACCAGCGAAUCGUCCAUCUCCUUUCUCUUUCUGGCGUUGCGGCUUAUUUGGUAUUGGAUCCCGCCCGCCGCUUGUUUACGGUGGGCUUUGGUGUUGCCAUGUCGACGUUGGGUUGGGUUGCUACACUCCAUGCCGAGUCCCUGCAUGAAGCAAGAUUCGAAUCCAAGGUCCUCGGGUUGCUUGUCGGUCUUAUUCUCUCCGCAACUGCCAAGUUCGCCUGGCAGACCAACAAUCCUAUCUGGCCCAUCAUGCACGAGGCCAACGGUGGAUGGAACUUAACUGGUCUUGUGCUUGGACUCUUGGCCGCGUUGCGUUUCACCCGCAAGGCCCCCUUGACCAGCGGAUCCUCGGAAGGCAUACAGAGAGGCUCGACCGUAUUGGCUGCUUGUGGUAUCGGUGGUGUCUUUUUUGGCAUGCACUCAUUGUUGUCUGAUACCAGCACCAUGAUCCUUUGGGUAUGGGAGGGUUUCCCUAUCCGUGGACCUUACUUUUCCACGCAUGGUUGGUGCACUCUUGCGGCCAUGUCUGCAGGCCUCUUUGUCGGAAUCUACAAACCGUCCCUUGCUGGUAGCUGGCCACAGUACGCAGUGGGCACUGCCGGUGCGCUGGUUUUGACCUUCUAUAGCCACUGGUUUGGAUACUAUGGUGGUCUCGUCACCGCUGCGUACUUGAUGGCAGUUGCUGUGCCCCUUCUUAGCAACGCCUCCAAGAAGAAACCUGCUGUUACUUUUGGCCUCGGGUUCUUCAUCUACGUAUUCCUGGUUCUCUUCCACGUCUGGGUGGUUGCGUAUGCAUUCGUUCCUGGCGGUCCGCUUGUUCGUGAACACACGGAUUGGAUCAUGUACUCGAUGAUGGGGUUGAUUGGUGCUGGCGUUUACGACUACAACGCCAGUCAGCCACGCAAACAGCAGCCUCGUCGGCCUUCUGCAUCCCAGCACAAGAAAUAUUUCGGAGUUUCCACCAUCAUCAUCAACGUUCUCUUUUUGUGCGCAGCCUUUAUGCGGUUCCCCACCAACGACUACAAACCGUAUCACGCCAAGGACCGAGUCCUCACGGCUGGUAUCUGGACCAUUCAUUUCUCACUUGACAACGAUAUGUGGUCUUCCGAGUACCGUAUGCGAGACCUCAUCAAGGAACUGGAGCUUGAUGUGGUUGGCCUCCUCGAAUCUGAUCUCCAACGCAUCAUCAUGGGCAACCGUGACACUACGCAAUUCCUGGCCGAGGAUCUGGGCAUGUACGUCGACUACGGCCCUGGCCCCAACAAGCACACCUGGGGCGCUGCUCUGCUUUCCAAGUUCCCCAUUGUCGAGUCCAAACACCAUCUCCUCCCCAGCCCUGUAGGCGAACUGGCACCCGCUAUCCACGCCACACUCGACGUAUACGGCGAGUUAGUCGACGUGUUUGUCUUCCACUCCGGACAGGAAGAGGACCCUGAGGAUCGACGCCUGCAGUCCGAGUAUCUUGCGCAACUCAUGGGCUCUACACCGCGACCUGCCUUCCUUCUCAGCUACCUCGUCACGAAGCCCCUCGAAGGCAACUACAACACUUAUGUGAGCCAAAAGUCUGGCAUGCACGACGUUGAUCCCACCGACUGGGAUCGAUGGUGCGAGUACAUCCUAUUCAAGAGGCUCAAGCGUGUUGGCUACGCUCGUGUGAGCAGGAGCACCAUUACUGAUACUGAGCUGCAAGUGGCCAAAUUUGUUAUCCCCAACUCUGCUGCUGAAGCCCAGCAGCUCGACUCUGUGUCUGCGGAGGAACGUAACCGCCGCGUGCAAGAGUCUGAAGUUCCUGAAGGGUGGAGAUUCCCUGCCAUGUUUAGAGGACAGGGUGUCCGAGAUCAUAGAUAUCACGUCUUUGACGAGCCUAGAUACUUUAAUUAA